AUGUCUUUGCAGGCUGAUUUUGACCAGGCCGCACAAGACAUGAGGAAGCUGAAAAGCAGACCAGAAGAUGAAGAACUCAAAGAACUCUAUGGGCUCUACAAACAGUCCAUCAUUGGAGACAUCAACAUUGGUGCAUGUCCUCCAAUGCUAGAUCUAAAGGGGAAGGCCAAGCGGGAAGCGUGGAACCUCCAAAAAGGGUUAUCAAAGGAAGACACCAUGUGUGCCUAUGUUUCUAAAGAGAGACAGCUGAUUGAGAAAUAUGGAAUUUAG